UUCAUUAUCGCUAUAGUAACCUGAGAAGGUCCAAAAACGACUGGAUCGUUUUAUUGAUUAGGCUGAUAAAUUGAUUAAAGGCGUCAACGUUCCCGCGGUGAAAACAACAGCCAUACGGUAAAGGACUGUGGGGUGAGGGCUAGUGAUGAGCCGUGCACCCCCGAUGCAGCCCCAGAACUGUGGACCCUGGGAACUGAAGGAACGUCUGGGAACCGGUGGGUUUGGCAAUGUCACACGCUGGCAGAACAAGGAAACGGAGGAGCAGAUUGCCAUAAAGCAGUGUCGUCAGGAGCUCAGCGCCAGGAACAAAGAACGAUGGUGCCUGGAGAUUCAGAUCAUGAAAAGGUUGGAGCAUGUGAAUGUGGUGGCGGCGAGAGAGGUGCCUGAAGAGUUACAGAGAUUGGCCACAAACGACCUUCCACUGCUCGCCAUGGAGUACUGCCAGGGAGGAGACCUCCGCAAGUAUCUAAAUCAGUUGGAAAACUGCUGUGGAAUGAGGGAAGGCUCUAUUCUGAUCCUGCUCAAAGACAUAUCCUCAGCACUGACUUACCUCCACAAGAAAAGAAUCAUCCACAGAGACCUCAAACCGGAGAAUAUAGUCCUUCAGCAGGGAGAGAAAAGACUGAUCCAUAAAAUCAUUGAUCUGGGUUAUGCUAAGGAACUGGACCAGAGUAGUCUAUGUACAUCCUUUGUAGGGACCCUUCAGUACCUGGCACCAGAGUUGCUGGAACAAAGGAAAUACACAGUAACAGUGGAUUACUGGAGUUUUGGAACACUGGUUUUCGAAUGUAUCACUGGGUUUCGACCUUUCCUGCCUACCUGGCAACCCGUACCAUGGCAUAGUAAGUUGAAAAUGAAGCAUGAGGAUGACAUUGUGGUUUAUGAAGAUUUGACAGGAGAAGUGCACUUCUCUAAGUAUUUACCCCAGCCAAAUAACCUCAACAAACUCUUAGCAAGCAAGCUGGAAGGCUGGCUCCAACUCAUGCUCCGAUGGUCUCCGCAAGAGAGGGGCAGACACUCUCAGAGAUGGAAGGAGGCCCAGGGUGAGGGAGAUGACAAAGACUGUCAGCAGAAGGGUAAGGAGGGACAGGAUGGAGGAAAAGACUCGCAAAGCGCAUCAAGGGAUUGUUUUGACGACCUGGAACGCAUCCUUGAGCUAAAGUUGGUCCAUGUGUUGAACAUGAGCACAGCUGAGACGCUAACAUACUCAGUGGAGCCUGGGGAGGCGGUCUCCGCGCUGCAGGUGCGAAUCGCGUCUGACACCAAAAUCUCCCCAACCAAUCAGGAGCUGCUGCUGGAGGCAGGUCUGGCAUUGGAGCCGCACAACGACGUGAUGCAGUGUGCCGUGGACUACAGUCUGGUUGACGGUCGGAUGACUGACACACCACUGGUCUUCCUGUUUGAUCGCUCUUGUACCAACUACGAACCCCAGUUCACUCCCCGUCAGCUUCCUGAAAACAUCCGAUUCGUGCAGACGGACCCUAAGCGCAUGUUGCCCUACAGCCCACUGAGGCGAACUUGGGGCCAGGCGUGGCAUACCAUACGAGCCCUUAAAGAGGACUGGCAGAAACUGCAGCAAGGACAGAAAGCGGCAAUCAUGAGUCUGCUGAGGCAUAACGGCUCGUUGUCCAAGCAGAAAAACGAGAUGGUUUCCAUGCAUCAGAGACUCAAAGCCACGCUGGAGUUCUUCAUCACCAGUCUACACAUAGACAUGGAUAAAUAUCAGGAACAGAGAGCCACAGGAAUAGCCUCUGAGAAACUUCUGAGUGUGUGGAAAGAGAUGGAGCAGACAGCCCAUAACUGUGGACAGACAGAAGAUGUGAACAGGUUAGAGGAGGAGAUGAUGACACUGCAGACUGAUAUAGUGGACAUACAGAGACAGCCAUGGAGGAGUGGAGAGUUAGAGUCUGUGGAAGGGAAGGCCAUGGAAUUGUUCCGCAAACUGAGAGAGAAACCCAGAGAUCAGCGUUGCAUGGGAGAUUGUCAGGAAGUUGUCAGGCUGGUAGUUCAAGCUAUUCAGUGCUACGAGAAGAAACUACGUGAAUUCUACACACACCUAAGUAAGACAAUGGUGUGUCGUCAGAGGGUGAUGGAGCUCUUGCCACGGGUGGAGGAGGUGGUACGUAGCAUGGCUGAGAGUGAGCAGUCCCUCAUCAAAUUACAGGAGAAAAGACAGAGGGAGCUUUGGAACCUGCUCAAAGUGGCUUGUAGCAAAGUGCGCAGUCCAGUGAGUGGGAGCCCAGAUGGAGGGCGGACCCCUCCUUCUUCUGCCCACCCGCUACUGCCUCAGAGAGCCCCCCAGCCUGGCAGCCUGCAAGUCAUUCACCAGCUUGACGAAUCUCUUAUGGUAAUUGAAGAAAGCAGGACAUUUGAGAGUCGACUUCAGAGCCUGAUGAGGGAAACCAUUGAGGAAACAGAAAGCAGCUUGGAGAUGAUGAGGGAAUGGCAAUGGUUAAGUGGAUCUCAGAGUCUUUAGUGUUGGUACACCAAAGACCUUGUGUGUGAGAAUAAAUGUGAGUGUGAGUGUGUGUGUGAGUGUGUCUCACCUGGUGGCAGCCUGCGGUGGAUCACUGAGGUGCGUGUCUGUCAACUUUGGUACUCUGCUGCCAUCAAGUGGAGGGGAGGAGGCAUUUCAUUUUCAUUGAACAGCAGCUCAGUUUUGAACUUUUUAGUUUUUUCAUUCACUUUAUCGGUGUUCGAUUGUC